AUGGAGACGGACUCGGUAGUAGUAGUAAGGUUUAAAGAGGAGGCGGCUGGAGUGGGGAAGGCAGAGGGGAAAAAGGAGCAGGGAUUAGGGGAAACAGGAGCUCAAGACACGCAUGGAAAGCGUCAGCUGCUGUGUCGGGCGGACAUGGUGCACUACUUGGACGUGACAGGCGGGGUCAGCAGGGAUGUUUUGGAGUAUUCCUCCAAGAUUUCAGCGUUUGGAAAGGAGGGGGAAAAGGAUCCUCACUUGCAGUUUAGCUGCAAGUGUGAGCUGGCGCCAUUGCUCUGUGCGGAAGCCAUGGUUAAGGAGUGGAUGGCAGAACCUUGUGUGGGCGUGCUCAUGGACCUGGGGAGGAUCAGAUCCCGCCUGCUGGCUAUGUUCCCUGCUACAGAUGCGGGCUGGAGAAGGCGCAUGCUGAGGGGAGGGGGAGGGGGCACUGUGUGGAAGGUGAGGAAGGAGGUGGAGGUGGCGAUGGGCGUGGUGAGGAAUGGUAGGAGCGUGCGUUUAGGAGGGAAGAUGCGUGGGAUGGUGGGAGCUGGUGAAGGUGGGGUGGGGGAGGGAGUCGCCAAUGUGCUCUCCAAGCCCGAGUGCUGCAUGGCAUGGGGAAUAUUCUACCUGGAUAUGAACAACCCCUGCAAGGCACGGGUGGAGGCAGCAGCCAUUGCGGAUGCCAGGAAGAGAGCCAGACAAGUGGUGUUGACAGGAGGGGCGAGUGAGGAAGCAGGAGGAAAAGGAGGAGCAGGGGGAACGGGUGCAGGAGUGGAAUCAGUAGCAUCAGCUACGGCAGCAGCAUUGCCACCUGCAGCUGCCCAGGCAGCGAGCUCCAAGGCUUGUGGUGGUUCGCUUGGAAGCAUUAAAGAUUCUGACUCUGACAUGAGUGGAGAUGCUUCUACCAGCUCUGGCCUCGUGCCUGUCAACACCCACCCUGGUGUUGCUGUUUUCACGUACCGGGCUGCUUGCAUCUUGCAGUGGGUCCGGCUUUACGGCUCAGGUUUCAUUUCAGCGGAGAAAUGUUUUAAGGACAGCCCACAAGGCAAGGUCCUGCCCAUGCGCCAUCCGCUGCGGGACCUUCCAAGCCUGCUUCUCAGGUUUGGCAACGUCCCCAAGUUUAUGGAGGGAAGGAGCUUGCCCAUGGAGUAG